UAGACGAGCUAUCUUAGUAAUCAUAUCUUAGGAACGAAGUUCAGUGCUAAAUAGUAUAAAUUUAGUAUCAGUGUAAUCGGAAUUUAUUUAUUGUGAUGAAGCUUUGUGGCAUUACCAAGAUGAAAAUUGACAAAGAAAUUAUAAAUAUUUCAGCAUUGAUCUUCAGCUUCUUUCUUUCAGUACUUUUACUGAAGUAUUUACUGUACGACAAUGGCUUUCAAUUUUCAAAUAUUCUUCUUUUAGCCGGCUUAAUUUACACUCGAUUUAAUUUAUUUAUAAAAGAAUCAACGAGACGACAAGAAGGAGCAUGCCUUAUUUUAUUCAUUUUAUUUGACAAGAGUCUACUUGAUCCUGGCAAUAUUUUUUUGCUGUUAGGCGUCGUAUGUAUACGCGAGUAUCUACAUGAAGAACUUGUGACAAAGGAAGUUGCUUCCUUCAUAUGUGGACUAAUUUAUUUGUUGAUGGGCUGGCUCAAUACUGGCAGAAUUUUAGUUAUCUAUUUCUUGUUAAUGUUUUACUACUUCACUAUUGGGUGUUUUUGUACAACUUUUCUGGUCAUAACAUUUAUGGAAAGAUUGUUUCGCUCGAGUUUUUCGAAACUACGAUCUUGAACGAAUUGAGAAACAGUACAAAUCGUCGAACUGAUUACUCUAAAAUUGAAUUUAAUUUCAUGUCUGAGAUAGAAAACGAUUAAGUCUGUUGAAGUGA